GUGAGUUUCGAUGAUGUGCAUGUGAACUUCACUGCAGAAGAGUGGAAUUUGCUGGAUCCUUCCCAGAAGAAUCUCUACAAAGAUGUGAUGCUGGAGACCUACUGGAACCUCACUGCUAUUGGCUAUAAUUUGGAAGUCCAUCAUACUGAAGAACAACAUCAAACUUCUAGACGUCAUGAAAGGCAUGAAAGAAGUCAUACUGAAGGGAAACCUUAUGAAUGUAACCAAUGUGGUAAAGCCUUUUCAUAUCACAGUAGUCUCCAAAGACAUACAAGAACACAUACUGGAGAGAAGCCUCAUGAAUGUAAUCAAUGUGGUAAAGCCUUUUCAUGUCACAGUAGUCUCCAAAGACAUAAAACAACACAUACUGGAGAGAAACCUUAUGAAUGUGAUCAAUGUGGUAAAGCCUUUUCAUGUCACAGUAUUCUCCAAAGACAUAAAAGAACACAUACUGGAGAGAAACCUUAUGAAUGUAAUCAGUGUGGUAAUGCCUUUUCACAACACAGUAGUCUCCAAUAUCAUAAAAGAACACAUACUGGAGAGAAACCUUAUGAAUGUAAUCAAUGUGGUAAAGCCUUUUCACAACACAGUCAUCUCCAAUAUCAUAAAAAAACACAUACUGGAGAGAAGCCUUAUGAAUGUAAUCAAUGUGGUAAAGCCUUUUCACGUCACAGUCAUCUCCAAAGUCAUAAAAGAACACAUACUGGAGAGAAACCUUAUGAAUGUAAUCAAUGUGGUAAAGCCUUUUCACAGCACAGUAAUCUCCAAAGUCAUAAAAGUACACAUCUUGGAGAAAAGCCUCAUGAAUGUAAUCAAUGUGGUAAAGCCUUUUCACGUCACAGUAGUCUCCAAUAUCAUAAAAGAACACAUACUGGAGAGAAACCUUAUGAUUGUAAUCAAUGUGGUAAAGCCUUUUCAUGUCACAAUGGUCUCCAAUAUCAUAAAAGAACACAUACUGGAGAGAAACCUUUGAAUGUAAUUAAUAUGGUAAAAGCCUUUUCAGAAAUUUUUUGUCUCCAAAACCAUAAAACAACCGACCAGGACUCUCUGUGGGUGACUGCUGACCUCACUAAUGGUGGGUACCUCAAAAGAGGGUCCAUAGGGCUCCCCACCCGCUGCUGGGGUGCAGAAAGAGAAGACAAACUCAGUGCUGCCUUCCCUCGAGCAGCCACACUGCUCCCUCCACCACAAACUGUUCCUGUCUUCCCUGCCCCUCCCCCUCCCAGCACCGCCAAUGUGGCUCUGCUGCCUUGUCACCUGUGGGGUGUAUGA